AUGGAGCUGAGACCCGGCGCCAGCCAGAAGGAGAAUGUGUCCCCCCGGCCUGCGACCCCCCUGAGGCCAGAGCAACGGAGACUCCCAAAGAGCCUGGGUGUCGUCCUGGGCAGUGGACAGGGCCCGUGGGUGCCCAGGGGCCAGGCCGAGAGUGGAGAGCCGGCCACCACUCCCUCGCCAAGGGCAGCCCUUCGCCAGGAGCCCUGCCAAGUCCAGACCAACCUGGCCAGCCCUAGGCCCCGCCUGGGCCUUGCCCUGAAGGACACGACCGGCCGGCUGAUCAACUCCAGAUUCCAGCAGCAGAGCAACCUACAGCCCCUGGGAGUCUUCCCGCUGCGGGGGGCGCGAGCGUUCAGCGUCCAGCAGAGUAACCUGCGUGCACGGGAGGCUGGCCUGGCCGGGUGUGGAAGCCGCAGCAGCCCCCACCCCUGGUCGGAGCCUCAGGAAGGCUUCUGGCCUCACGGGGUGCCCCGGGGAAGCCCCCAACCCCCAGGGCCACAGGCUCAACCAUCGCCCACCCUGAAGCCGUCCUGGCUUCUGGCCACAGACACGCCCUGCCCAUGCUCCAGGCCCACCCUGCGCUAUGCCCCCACUGAUGGGCACACACAGCCAGGCCCCAGAUCCUGGGGUGGCCUGGGGGACUGGCCCUCUAGGCUCAUGGGGGAACCCCUCACCCUGGACGACCUGGCUGUCCCCGUCAAGAGCCCGGCUCGGGCCCCACCCCAGGCUGCCACCUCCCGGCUGCUGGCCUCCGGGCAGCACCUGGAGCAGGAGGCAGCCCGCCUCAGGUGCUGGGGGGCCCAGGAACCCCCAGGCCCUUCGCCGCAGGAGCCCUGGACCAGCGGUGGCCAGGCCCUCCCUGCUGGCCCCCAGUGCACCGAGCCUGUUCUCACGUUCUGCGGUCAGAGAAAGAAACACCCCCGAGGUCUCAGGGGAGCCGUGAGUCUCCCAGAGACACCGGGGGUCCAGGCAAGCAGCAAGUCCGCGUCGCCACCGCAGACCGCUUUGGAGGUGCUGACUGGGGGCUUCCCUGACCCCGUGCAGGGGGUCCUUCCUGCUUACCCCCUGAGGCGAGGAAAGAGGCCUGCAUGCAGCAGGGGGCAGACCGGGGGCCCCCUGCUCCCUCAAGAGAACAAAGCCGGAAAUCUUGUGAACCUGGAGUCCGAGAGGGCCCGCCGGCAGCUGCUGUCCAGCUGUUUCAGGGCGUGGCAGCACCUGGUGCGGAGGCGGCAGGCAGCGGCCCUGGGCCACCGGCGGCAGCUGUGCAGGGGUCUGCGGCUCCGGGAGGCCCACAUGGAGGUGGCGUGCGGUGGACAGAAGAGGGCCCUUCUGGCCCAGAGCUUCCAAAAGUGGAGACACCGGGCUCAGCAGCAGAAACAAGGGCAGCCCCACUUCCAGGCUGGCCCAGGACCCCCACCCUCUGGGGGAGGCCAGCCCCCAGGUCCCUCAGGAAGGAAGCCAGGGGUGGACCCUGCCCAGAGAAGCAGCCCAGGGAGCCUGAGGGAGGAGGCAGGAGCCCGGCCAAUGCCAUCACGUUCUGGGCUGAGACCAGAUGGAGGAGACGGGAGGGUCCAGAUCCUGCAGGCCCUGCAACGGCUGGCUGUCUUCCUCCUGCGGUGCCAGCAGGAGGAAUGGGCCAGGCAGGAGAAGGGGGUCCAGGGAGAGGCCUCUGGGGCCACGCUGAGGACUCAGAGCAUGGGGAGGCGCCCCCAGGCCUGGUGCUCUCCUGCCGCAGAUACAGCCUGGGUGCCCCCCCUGGCCCCCCAGCAUCAGAGAGCCUGGCUCCGCAGGUGCUUCGGGGCCUGGCGGCGGUUGGUGAAAAGCGGGGCCCAGCCCCGGGAGCACCUGGCUGACCGCCAGAUGGGAACCCCGAGGAUGUGCCUGAAACACUGGGUGUGGAUGAAGCUGCUCCGGGCAUCGGAUGGGGCGAAGGUGACCCAGCUGUCCCUCUGCCGGCAGAAGGAAGGGAUGUGGCCCCUGCUCCCGGAAAGCGCCUGUGGGAACAUGGACCUGGGCAGCUCAGCCCCUGGAGGCCUGAGGUGGGUGGCCCAGGUCCAGGGGCUGCCCCAGGAGCGAGGCCAGGGCUCCCCGCAGAAAGCCUGCUCAAGACGAGCCCUCCAUGGGGUGCUACUGCUCUGGAGGGCGAGGCUCUCCCAGAGCCAGCGGGCUGACUCCUUCUCCCAGGGCGUGCAGCGGCGGCUGCUAAGGCGCAUCCUGAGGGCGUGGCGCUUGAGGGUGUGGGGACCAGGCAACCCGUCAGGCAGUGCCAGGACCACCUCGGCCUCAGAACUGCGGGGCAGCACAGCCCCAAGCCCACAGGAGAAGGCGUCCAGGGCCUCCGCCCUCCUGGAGACGCUUCGGCUGAGCUUUCUGUGGGCAGCUGGGCGGCAGCAGCAGGCGCGGUGCCUCCUGCUCUGGCAGGCGCGGGCUCAGCAGUCCUGGCGUGCAGCAAGGUGGCACCAGCACACCCUUCAGAGGCGCAUCCUCCUCGGCUGGAGCCACUGGUCAAUGGCCCAAGGGGCCCAGAGGAAGCUGGCUGCCCGCUGGGCCUGGGACCGGAGCUGCAGGGACGCGCUGGGCCUGUGGCGGCGGCGGCUGGCGCAGUGGCAGGAGGCAGAGCAGUGGGCCCAGGAGCGGGGCCGGAGACGGGUGCGAGACGCCCUGCAGCACUGGCACUCCUCCUGGCAGAGGCAGCAGUGCCUGCAUGACCGGUACCAGGGGUGGGUGCAGCUGCGCCGGCAGGGCCUGCGCAGGGCCGUGUUCCAGAGCUGGCGGCAGGCGGCAGCUCAUCAGAGACACAGGAUGGCCAGGCCAGAGCGGCUCGCACUUCAGAGCCAUUUCCAGGCCUGGUGUGGGUCUGCGAGAGACGCGGGGACGCUCCGGGCCCGGUGUCGAGCCGUCCAGGCUGGCCUGAGAAGACGGGCACUGGGAGCCACGUUGGCCACGUGGCAGGAAGCCCGCGUGGCCGCAGCCCGGGCACGGGAGUGUCACGUGGCCCAGGCCUCCAUUGCUCUCUGGAGAAGCCACGUGCAGAGGGGCCGGGCAGACAGGCAGCUGAGGAGGGCCCGGGCCCAGCAGGCCUUCAUGGCAUGGCGAGUGGCCCUGGGCCAGCGCUGUGAGGCCCGCCAGCAGGCAGAAGGGAGAGCUCGGGCCAGGACCCAGCUGGCCCUGUGCUGGACUCUGUGGGUGCAGGAGUCCCGCCUACACCGGCUCAGCCGAGCCCGCGCUGCCCGGACGCUGAGCGCCAGGGUCCUAGAGGCCUGGGCCCAAUCUGCCGCCCAGGGUCGUGUCCAGCGGGUCGCCAUCGCCCAGUUCGAGGUGGUUGGGGACAGGCAGCUCCUGCGGGCCCACUGGGCCCAGUGGCGGACAGAGCUGCUCAGCGUGUGGUUGGAACCUCGGAUGGAGGCCCAGGAGACGAGCACCGCCCAUCCCAGGCCCAGGACCGACCUCACGCACUGGCCCGGGCUGGCCGGCAGAGGGCGCCUCCUGGCGCUUAUGGACACUGCAGCCCCAUGGAAACAGACCCGCAGCUGCAGGCCACAGGGCACGGGGCCCAGGCCGCCCAGCCCAGCACAACAUCGCAGCCCCGGUGGGCAGAGGAAGCGGAGAGAAACGUCCUGGGCUCAGAGCGACAGUGCCGCCCAGCUCUGGAUGCAGAGGCCUGGAUCCAGGGCCCAGGGCCGGCCCCCUCCAGGGCCCGGAGGGGACUGCAGCUCUGAAGGCCAGGUGGACAAGAGGCGGCUGGGGAGGAAAUACCUGCGAUACUGGCACCUGGAGGCCCUGCUCCGCCGGCUCCAGGGCUCCCAACAGGCCAGGCGCCUGGCAGGGACAUGGCAAUGCUGGGUGGAUGCUCAGGGGGCAGAGGAGCUGGCGCGGUCGCUGGUGAGUGCUCAGGCAGUGGCGGCUGAGAUGGGUCUGGCGCACGUGGCGGCGGCGGGUCGUGCAGCUGCGGGUGGCUCGGCGAUUACAGCAACGAGCGGAGGGCUGGGUCCUUUCUCAGGUACUGGCGGAGCAGCCCCAGCCCCCAGCAGGCCCUUCAAAAGCCAGCGCCUCUGAGCUGCAGGCCCUCCCCAGGCCCCUUCAUUUGCAGAGGAGGGUCAGUGUGGGUAGAGAAAAC